CGUGUUCUCGCGAGAGAGCGCGAUGUUUCCGGUGUUGUGAAUGUCUCCCCACCGAGGAACAUGGCGGCCAGCAUCCGCGCCCGCUCCCUCCGGCACCUCAGGAUAAGAGGUCGGAAUGACAGUGGGGAGGAGAACGUCCCUAUAGAUCUCAGCCGAGAACCGAGCGACAACCUUAGAGAAAUUUUACAAAAUGUGGCCAAACUUCAUGGAGUUUCUAACAUGCGCAAGCUGGGUCACCUGAACAACUUUAUAAAGCUUUUAUGCAGUGUUGGCCACAGUGAAGAAAAAUUAGGUUUUACGUAUGAAGACAUAAUUAUUUGUUUGCGGCUAGCCUUGUUAAAUGAAGCAAAAGAGGUGCGAGCGGCGGGACUGCGGGCUCUCCGCUAUCUCAUCCGAGAUUCCAAUAUCUUACAGAAGGUGCUAACAUUAAAAGUAGAUUACUUAAUAGCCAGGUGCAUAGAUAUUCAGCAAAGUAAUGAAGUAGAAAGGACGCAGGCGCUGAGACUGGUCAGAAAGAUGAUUACUGUGAAAGCUUCCUUAUUCCCUAGCUCUAUAACUAAUUCUUUGAUAGCGGUAGGAAAUGAUGGCCUCCAGGAGCGGGACCGGAUGGUGCGGGCCUGCAUAGCCAUUAUCUGUGAACUAGCACUUCAAAACCCAGAGGUGGUGGCGCUCAGAGGCGGUCUCAGUACUAUCCUAAAAAAUGUGAUCGACUGCCAGUUAAGUAGAAUAAAUGAAGCCCUCAUCACCACAGUCCUGCACCUCCUCAAUCAUCCAAAGACGCGGCAGUAUGUGCGGGCAGACGUAGAAUUAGAGCAAAUUUUAGCACCAUACACAGAUUUUCACUACAGGCAUAAUCCGGACACAGCAGAAGGGCAGCUAAAAGAAGACAGGGAGGCGAGAUUCCAGGCAAGCAAACUGGGGAUUGUUGCAGCAUUCCGAUCAUGGGCAGGUAUUAUUAGCCUGUGCAAACCUGGAAACUCGGGCAUCCAGUCCCUGAUCGGAGUCCUUUGUAUACCAAACAUGGAGAUACGGCGAGGUCUUCUCGAGGUACUGUAUGAAAUUUUUCGCCUUCCUCUUCCUGUUGUGACAAAGGACUUUAUUGAAGGUCUUCUGAGUGUGGACCCGAGCCGCUUUCAGGAGUCUUGGAGACUUUCGGAUGGAUUUGUAGCCGCAGAAGCGAGGACUAUUCUUCCCCACAGAGCGCGGUCCAGACCCGACCUUAUUGACAACUAUCUGGCUCUAGUACUGUCCGCUUUCAUUACUAAUGGACUAUUGGAGGGCUUGGUGGAAGUGAUUACAAGCAGCGAUGAUGACGUAUCUGUCAGGGCUACAAUCAUCCUCGGGGAACUCUUGCACAUGGCAAAUACAAUCCUUCCCCAUUCACACAGUCACCACUUGCACUGCUUACCGACCCUGAUGAACAUGGCAGCAUCUUUUGACAUUUCUAAAGAAAAGAGGCUCCGCGCUAGUGCAGCACUGAACUGCUUAAAAAGGUUCCACGAAUUGAAGAAGCGGGGCCCAAAACCCUUCAGCCUGUAUUUAGAUCACAUUGUGCAGAAGGCAAUUGCCACUCAUCAAAAAAGGGAUCAGCACAUGCGUGUCCAGAAGGAUAUAUUUGUUCUUAAGGAUUCAGAAGAUGCAUUAGUGAUGAAUCUACGAGAUAGCCAGGUCCUUAAUCAUAAAGUAAACCUCGACUGGAACUGGAAUCUCAUAGGGACCAUACUCAAGUGGCCAAAUGUGAAUCUGAGAAACUGUAAGGAUGAGCAGCUGCACAGGUUUGUACGCCGGCUCCUGUUUUUUUACAAGCCCAGCAGUGCGCUCUAUGCCAAUCUGGAAUUGGACUACACUAAAGCUAAGCAGCUGACGGUGGUGGGGUGCCAGUUCACAGAGUUCCUGCUGGAGUCUGAGGAGGAUGGGCAGGGAUACCUGGAGGAACUUGUGAAGGACAUUGUGCAGUGGUUGGUGUCCAUAUCCGGAAUGAAACAAGAGCGCAGUCUGCAGAACAACGGAUUACUUAACACUCUCAGCCAGCACUACUUUCUCUUUAUUGGCACCCUCUCCUGCCAUCCACAUGGAGUCAAGAUGCUGGAGAAGUGCAAUGUAUUUCAGUGUCUCCUAAAUCUUUGCUCGCUGAAAAACCAAGACCACUUAUUAAAGUUGGCCGUCUCCAGUUUGGAUUACAGCCGGGACGGACUGGCCAGAGUCAUCCUGUCCAAGACAUUAACCGCGUCUCCUGAGAGUUGUCGCCUGUAUGCCACAAAGCAUCUGAGAGUUCUCCUAAGAGCCAACGUUGAGUUCUUCAGCAAUUGGGGGAUCGAACUGUUGGUGACGCAGCUGCACGACAAAAACAAAAAUAUCUCCACAGAAGCCCUAGACAUUUUGGAUGAAGCUUGUGAGGAUAAGGCUAACCUCCAUGCUCUCAUCCAGAUGAAACCAGCGCUCUCUCAUCUCGGAGAUAAGGGGCUGCUCCUCCUCCUGAGGUUCCUCUCUAUCCCAAAGGGGUUUUCCUACUUAAAUGAAAGAGGUUAUGUAACAAAGCAGCUGGAAAAGUGGCAGAAGGAAUAUAAUUUAAAAUAUGUUGAUCUAAUCGAAGAGCAGCUCAAUGAGGCCCUGACAACCUACCGCAAACCUGUCGAUGGGGACAACUACGUUCGACGUAGUAAUCAAAGGGUGCUGCGUCCAUACGUGUAUCUGCCAGUUCACCUGUACGGGCAAUUGGUUCAUCAUAAAACAGGCUGCCAACUUUUGGAAGUCCAGAACAUUGUUCCAGAUCUCAGUUACACAGUUCGAUCCCCUUCAUUGGACAAGUGGGAAGGAAUCAAACAGCUAAAGGCGGCUCUUUGGUCACUGGGUAACAUCGGUUCUUCAAAUUGGGGUCUUAACUUGCUUCAGGAAGAAAAUGUGAUUCCAGACAUCGUUGCACUGGCUCAGCACUGUGAAGUGCUCUCUAUUCGAGGGACCUGUGCGUACAUCCUUGGUUUACUUUCCAAAACAAAGCAAGGAUGUGAUAUCUUAAAGCAGCACAACUGGGAUGCUGUACGGCACAGCAGAAGACACCCGUGGCCGGUGGUUCCCGACGACAUGGAGCAGCUCUACCAUGAGCUGUCGUCUAUACCCAGCACGCUCAGCUUGAACUCGGAGUCCACCAGCUCACGACAUAACAGCGAGAGCGAAUCUGUACUUCCUAGUAUGUUUAUCAUUGAAGAUGACCACUGUGGCAAUUCUUCAUCUAGCAGCCCCUUCUUUAUAUAUGAUGAACACGAACAGACGUUCUUCGACAAACCCUUAAAGGACAAAGAUCGCAGUCCAUUUACACUUCUGGCUCAAAGCAAGUUUGUGAAAAACAGAUUUCUAAAUUCAUUGACACUGCCAAGUAAGAAGUUUCGGAGCAGCAGCAGCAGCGAUCCCAAAACCAACAAACUGCUGGAGACCAAGCUGGAGCUGAGACGGAACAGAACGGUCACCGAGCCUUGGUCCGAUUCAGAGUUCCCCUCUAUGGACAGUUUAGGCUCCGUCUUCAAAGUUCCUAAAAUUAGCACCCAUCGUUUGGACACAUCUGUCAGUAAACACGUGGAUGACAACGGCAGCACCCCCAGUAUUACUGAAAAUGAUCUUAAGCUUCCAAAAAGUUUAGGAAAUGAAAACCACCGGGACCACGCCAGCAGAGAGAGACUCAUAGGCGAUGGCUCCACAACAACGCACUUCAAGAGCCGCAGCUUAAGCUUCAAUACGGACACCACAACUAGCGGCAUCAGCUCCAUGAGCUCUAGCCCUUCACGAGAGACUGUGGGAAUAGACACUACAAACAUCGAUACGGACUGUGGGAGUCUGAGCACGGUGAUAAGCACCAAGACUGUGAAGACAAACCUGCCCGCCAUGCUGCACCCCAACCACCUGCCCCUGUCCAAGUCAAACUCUGUGUCCUUGGUUCCUCCAGGCUCUUCCCAUACACUUCCUCGCAGGGCACAGUCACUGAAGGCUCCUUCUAUAGGUGCCAUAAAGAGUUUGGCCGAUUAUCACUUUACUUACACCAGUUCCCGGGACGCUUUUGGCUAUGCUACACUGAAACGGCUGCAGCAGCAGCGGAUGCACCCGUCACUGUCUCAUUCAGAAGCUUUGGCAUCCCCAGCCAAAGACGUUCUCUUCACUGAUACAAUAACCAUGAAAACGGGAAGCUUAGACUCUAGACUAACCUCAAGCAGGUUCAUGAAGGCACUGAGCUAUGCCUCUCUAGAUAAAGAAGACUUAUUAAGCCCUAUAAACCAAAACACGCUUCAGCGCUCGUCCUCUGUCCGCUCCAUGGUGUCCAAUGCAGCCUUCGGCAGUUCAGACGAUUAUAUCGGCUUAGCUUUACCUAUGGAUAUCAACGACAUGUUCCAGGUAAAGGAAACCCCUUAUUUUCAGAAGACUGUGCUGUCAAAUGAGGAGCGUGCUGCUAAAGUGUUUGCUCCUGAAGUAGGAGGUAUUACCGGAUCUGGGGUGAAAAGCCCUUACCAAGCUUUGCGGCAACAAUUCAGUAUUACAGAAAUAAUGAACUCCAGUCGCUCAGAUGCCUCUCAGUUCCUGGAAAACAUGGAAGACACGGGCCUGCAGGAGCAUACGGACGAUAACUGCCUGUACUGCGUGGGAAUCCGCAUCUUGGGUUACAGCAGUAGCCUGGUCAGUGAAUACAGCCGGUUAGACUUUCCUGACAUUCCAUAUUCUGACUGGUGUGCCCAUAGCAUCCCCAAUCAUUUAGAGGUGGUGUCCCAUUCUUCCAAGUGUUCUGGAAUUUCAGGGUGUAGUGAUGGUGUUUCCCAGGGCUCUGCAAGCAGCACCAAAAGUACAGAGCUAGUUCUAGGAGGGAAAUCCAUUCCUGAAGAUACACCCGUGUGCCGAAUAUUGCUGCGGAAGGAAGUGUUAAGACUUGUCAUAAAUUUAAGUAGUUCUGUAGGAACAAAGGGUCACGAAACCGGACUUCUAACAAUUAAAGAGAAGUUUCCUCAAGCUUUCGAUGACAUUUGCCUCUACUCCGAGGUUUCCUACUUAUUAGCACAUUGCACGUUUCGUCUCCCGUCCCGGAGGUUUAUUCAGGAGCUCUUUCAGGAUGUGCAGUUUCAGAUUAUGCAUGAAGAAGCAGAGGGUCUCCUAGCUGUUCCACCAAAGCAACCAGUACUUUGCACCGAUGCAGAAUCCUGACUAUAAAUUUGUAUUAUAUAUAUAUAUAAUGUAUUAUUAUUAUUAUUAAUAUUAUGGACUAAGUUCUGGACAUUGCCCGGCUGACCAUUGCAGGAGCACCUUCUCUCGUUUAAUGCUGACCAUCCAGUGCACAGUGAAUGAAGAACCCUCUUUUUUUUUUUUCUUCUUCUUCUUUUUUGAGCACCAUCUGAUUAUGUCACCUUACAUAAAUCCAUCCGGAUUCUUUCUAAGGAAAAAAAAAAAAUGUAAAAAGUUACUCUGUAUGCAACAGCCAAGCACUGAGACCCCGUCACAGAUUGUACAUAGCCAGACUUCUCCUCUGAUCAGCGUUACGAUGCCUUGUUCAUGGACCUUUGUUACAUAUUUCCCCGCAUGGCCGACCUUCACCCCCACCUCCAGAUUCUGCCAACCUUCUUAAAGACACCUCGGGGAGAAAGACCCUGUUGUAUGUUUGCAAAACACUACGUGGUCGGGGAUGUAUAUGGUCUUUUUUUUUUUUUUUUAAUAACAACGUAUAGACAAAAAGUCAUCACCUCAGUAACCCUGAAAGUCAUCACUGCAUCCGGAAGUGUAGGUUCACUUCAUGACCUAUGAUACAUAGCGGUGAAAUGUAAACCUUUUCUACUAUACAUUACCGCCUGGGUUCAAGGGGGGGUGGCGACUAUGCCCUUACUGUGUGGGACUGAUUCUACACCCUAUUGGAUUUUCCCAAAAUUAAAGGGGUACUUCUCUGUAAAACAUUUUUUUUUUAAUCAACUGGUGCCAGAAAGAUAAACAGCUUUGUAAAUUGCU